AUGGCCACCACGCAUGACAUUCCCGCCCUCCUGAGCGGCGCCCUGGCCAACCCGCCGGCCGACAUCAAGGUCCGCCCGGAGCUGGUCCGCGACAUGGACCAGCUCAUCGUCGACUACCUGGUCCAUGUGCUGUCUCACAUUGAGGACCUGUCCGAGGCGGAGCUCGUCGACACCAUCUCCCCCUUCGUGGAGGACCUUCUCCAUGACCGCAGUGCUAAGGUCAUCAUGCUGGAGAAGGCCGUCGAGUUCGAGAAGGACAUCGCCGCCCGCCUGCGCAAGGAGCUCAACCUCAAGGACGACGUGUACAACAACCCCCUCAUCGACCGGAGCAAGUCCGGUGCUGCCGAGAGCGAGGAGCAGAUCAGGGCCCGCGCCAAGCUUGAGAAGCGCCAGGAGAAGGCCGACCGCCGGACCAUCCAGCGCGAGCGCACCUCGGCCAAGUCCCGUGCCGAUCUCUUGGCCCAGCUCACCAAGGCCCCGGUCCUCAUUCACAAGAAGGGCCAGUUUUCGGACCUGCUGUCCAGCUCCGGCUCCACCGAUGUCCAGCUUAACAACGUUCAUCUGGACAUCAACGGCAUCGUCAUGCUGGAGGAUGCCACCAUCAACAUCGUUUCCGGGCGCCGCUACGGCCUGAUCGGCCGCAACGGUGUCGGUAAGACCACCUUCCUCAAGCAUCUGGCCGCCAAGGCCUUCCCCCGCAUGCCGGAGCACGUGCAGAUCGUGCACAUCGAGCAGGAGGCCCCCUCCAGCCAGAUGUCCGUGCUGCAGACCAUCCUCGGGACGGAUAUCGAGCGUGAGUCGCUCCUGGCCGAGGAGCGCGAGCUCCUGGCCGAGAGCGAGAAGCAUGACGCCAUGAACGCCCAGCGCCAGGCCGAGGGCCUGCCCCCCAUCACCACGUCGCAGAUGGACGACAUCGGGACCCGCCUCGAGCAGGUCUACGUCCGCCUCGGGGAGAUCGACGCCGACAGCGCGGUCGCUCGGGCUUCGGAGAUUCUCAACGGUCUCGGCUUCUCCAACGAGGACAUGCUCCGGCCCACCUCCUCCUUCUCCGGUGGCUGGCGCAUGCGCAUUUCCCUGGCCAUGGCCCUGUUCAUUUCCCCGGACCUGCUGCUGCUUGAUGAGCCGACCAACCACCUGGACCUGCACGCGGUCAUCUGGCUGGAGGAGUAUCUCCGCAACUGGACCAAGUCCCUGAUCAUCGUGUCGCACUCGCGCGACUUCCUGGACACCGUGGUCACGGAUAUCCUGCACUUCCAGAACAAGAAGCUCACCCGCUACCGCGGCAACUACACCACCUUCGAGCACACCCUCGCCAUCGAGCAGCAGGUCCAGGAGCGCGAGAAUGCCUCCAUCGAGAUGAAGCGCAAGCACAUGCAGUCCUUCGUCGAUCGCUUCCGGUACAAGGCCUCGCUGGCCUCCAUGGCCCAGUCCCGCCUCAAGGCCCUGGACAAGAUGAAGACCGUCAGCGAGCUGUACGCCGACCCGGAGGUUCAGUUCCGCUUCCCGGACCCCCCGCCGGUGGACAGCGCCCAGAUCCAGCUCACGGGCGUCACCUUCCACUACCCCGGCACCGAUCGCAUCCUCUUCUCCGAUGUCGACCUCACCAUCAGCCCCACCAGCCGCAUCGGCCUGGUCGGCCCCAAUGGUGCUGGUAAGUCCACCCUCAUGAAGAUCAUCUACGGCGCCCUGGAGCCCACCUCCGGUGUGGCGCUCAUCAGCAACAAGCUUCGCGUUGCCCGGUUCACCCAGCAUCACUCGGAUCUGCUCAAUCUCCGCCUCUCGCCGCUGGAGCUCUUCCGCCAGGCCUUCCCCUCGGACCCGGUCCAGCAGAUCCGCUCGCACCUCGGCUCCUUCGGGAUCACCGGCAAGCUGGCCCUCCAGCCCAUCAGCUCGCUCUUCGUCAUUUCUCACGACCAGUACAUGGUCUCGGCCGUGUGUGACGAGCUCCUCUCCCUGGAGGACGGCAACCUGACCUCCUUCCAUGGUGACUUCAAUGACUACAAGCGCUACAUCCGCAACAAGGGCCGCCGCUAA